CGAUAGUGUUUGCUGUCUUUCUGCCUAGCAGCAUUCCCAAGUAACUUAUCGCUGUACGCCGUAUGAAAAUCUUCCACCUAAGAAGAUACCUCACGUAGCCUUCUGUGAUAAGGAGCCCCGCGUGACCGCGCACCGUCGCCUGUGUAUAAGUGCAUUCUGACAGCUGUUUUCAGUGGUGAUCGGUCAAGGCCAACGAAGCAAUCGGUGUGCUUCUUGUUCGAUGAAUGAUUUAGUGCUUCAUCUGUAACAACGUCCGGCGUCCUCGGUCCUGCGCCACGUAAACUCUGUGUGUGUUGUGAAUAAUAAACAAUCAGUCAUUGUGGCAGUGUCCAGGUGCCACGAAGCGCAACCACGGUGUGUCCAGCGUUAUCUUGUGCAAAGCUCUUCUGCGUGUGCACCCUUCACGAGCUACUUGAGUUGGUAGCGCGGAACGAACAACUCUCAGCGACAAAGCAACCCUUCUAGAGUCGAAAAUGUUGUCCCAUUUGCUGAAGAAUGAAAACGUCAUCGUUUCGACCGGCAACGUGCUGAACGUGAGCGAUCUGCGUAAAAAGGCCGGCCAGAAACCGACCGACGAGCUCACGGAUUGCCUUCGUUCAACGUUCGGCGAUGCGGAAGUGGUCGAACAGAAGCACCAACGCCGGCUGGUCGUGCGCCGGAACAAUGAUCUGCUCGAGAAGGUCGGUGAACAUCCGCGGAAGGACAUUAAGAUUGGUGCGAAGAUCUUUCUCACCUGCUUCUCCGAGUCGGCCCUGACCGAGGCGGUCGAGAAACUGUUCGAAGUGCUGGAAGUGUCCUACCUGGACAAUCUUAUUCUGGCGUGCCAUCCGCCGGCCGCCAGCUCGGCCACCAACGGAACGAGUGAGCGAGAGGAUGGGGACACGAAAGAGGAAGGUGUGCUCGAGUGGGCCGUCGGGAGUGACAAUGCGGUCGGUAAGCUGAAGAACCUGUGGGGCCUUCUCGAGCGGUACUCCGGGCAGGGUAAGAUCGGUCAGUUGGGCAUUGCCGAUCUGGAUGCCGAUUCGCUGCAGAAGCUGUACGAAGGGGCAACGGUUCGUCCGACGAUUGCGCAAAUCAAUCUAGCAGCCUGCUGCGUGGUGCCACCGGAGCUGCAGGCCUACUGCAAUCAGAACGAAAUUCAGCUAUUAACACACAGCGAUCCACAAGAACUACUGCCGCGGGAGGUUCUGAACGAACUGGAACUCGAUAAUUACGGUGUCGCUUGGUCGUUACGGUACCAGGUACACAUCAAGUGCCGUGGGGUCCUUGCGGCCAAAGGGUUCAUUGUGAGCUUGGAUCGAUCCAAUUGAGCGGGCAGAGGGUCGUAACGGGCCACCAGUAAACAUUACUGCAGGACAGUUCUUUGAUAAACCCUUAUACAUUCGACUUACCGAUAUCCGAGAGCCAUGGGAAGCGGAGCAGGCGACGCGUUUGACGGACGACAACGAAGAGAAGAGGGUGCGUACCAGAAGGAUUACCGGUCCAUCAGCCCCAACCUGUGUGCGUUGUUGUGCCGUCAACCUGUGUUUCCUGGACGCAGCUGUGUGCGGAUGCAUGUUUAGUUUUUAGCCGUUGUUAGUCCGUUGUUUUCUGUUUUCUAUGACCAGAUGAUGCUCUUAAAACACAACAUACGAUGUUAACAAUACCGUAAGCGACUGUGAAGAUUUUAGCAGAAGAGAACAAACGGCACCGAAGAACAGGAGGGAUCUUAACGUGUUAGUGGAUAGGACUUAGUAGAACAAAAAGACAACAAAUCUUUUGCCCCAGCAGCAGGUUUUUAUGAUGAUACUAUUACCAUAGCGCCGCUGUAGCCGAAAAGAAGUACAAGUGCAGUCGUUUUACGCAUAGUGAUAGACAGUUCACAAUGAAUGUGUUUUUCAUUCAUUUCAUCCGCUAAUUCGCAUUUCAAAACCGAUCGCACUGAACACAUUUUCCCACCGGUCUGGCGUGCAAGCUUUCGUGCAAGUUGGUUCCGUGUUCCAAACCCGGCAGUGUUGGCAGUAUUCCACGAAUUUCUGAAGAUGUUGCUUGUGUGCAAUCGAACCGCGGGAACCGACCACCAGCUGGCGCUGAUCGAUUCAUUCGGAUGACGGUCAUCAGAUCGAUUCUUCUGCCCCGUAACUUUUCGAAUUUCUGGCCACAUUUUGUUUCGACUUCAAAGGGC